AUGGACUUCAUAACGAAGUUACCGAAGACAAGAAGUGGUCGCGAUACAAUUUGGGUGAUAGUUGAUCGGUUAACGAAGUCGGCUCAUUUCGUGGCCAUUCGUGAAACCGAUGGUGUUGACACCUUAGCUCGUUUGUACAUCAAGGAAGUGGUGUCUAAACAUGGAGUUCCGUUUCUAUCAUCUCCGAUAGAGAUUCCCGCUUGGGCGGAGAUCGGUGAAAGCCAACUCAUUGGACCGGAGAUUGUGGUGGAAACAACAAAGGUGAUCUACCAAAUCAAGGAGAGAUUGCAAUUGGCCCGUGAAAGACAAAAGAAGUAUGCCGAUGUGAGGCGGCGACCGCUAGAGUUUGAAGCGGGGGAUUAUGUAUUGUUGAAGGUGUCGCCAUGGAAGGGUGUUAUCCGUUUUGUGAAGAGAGGCAAACUCGGGCCAAGGUAUAUCGGUCCUUUUAAGAUUAUUGAACGGGUUGGGAAGGUUGCUUAUCGGUUGGAAUUGCCACAAGAACUUGGGGGAGUACAUGAUGUCUUCCACAUUUGCAACCUACGCAAAUGCUUGGCGGACCCGACACAACAUGUGCCUAUGAAUGAAAUUCGGGUGGAUAAGAAUUUAAAUUUUGUGGAGGAGCCGGUAGAGAUCUUGGACCGUCAAACCAAAAAGCUCAAGAACAAGCAUUAUACCAUUGUUAAGGUUAGAUGGAAUGCUAGACGCGGAGCCGAGUUCACUUGGGAGCGUGAGGAUCAUAUGAAGUCCAAGUACCCGGAUUUGUUUAAUAAUUAG